GUGGCAAGAUAGACAGUUCUGAUUAUGAUUUGGUGACACUCGUGAGGAAGGAAGAGAAGAAACGAGAGAUAAGGAGAGAGCCAAGCGCAGAACUUUUAAAGAUUUUAGCUCAAACUUCUCUUUCUCAAGAAUCCUUCAAUGAGUCUCCCUUCUCUAACAAGCAGCCAUUGUUGCUCGAUCGGUUGGAGCUCGUCGAGCUUGUUCGCGCAGCUAGGGUUACUUCCACAUGACACAGAAAUUAAGGGUUACUCCAAACGGAAGUUUAGUCAGAAGAGAUUUCCCAGGGCGUGUUUAUCUUCUUCGGAUCCACUUUUAGUCAAGGCUGCAAGAGGAUAUCCUGUCAGUCGGCCUCCAGCAUGGAUGAUGCGGCAAGCAGGAAGGUAUAUGGCUGUUUAUAGAAAGCUUGCAGAGAAAUACCCAUCCUUCAGGGAGAGGUCAGAGACAAUUGAUCUCAUUGUCGAAAUUUCUUUGCAGCCUUGGAAUGCUUUCCAUCCUGAUGGGGUCAUUAUUUUCUCUGACAUACUUACCCCUCUACCUGCAUUUGGCGUUCCCUUUGACAUAGAAGAAGUAAAAGGCCCUGUUAUUCAGUCUCCAAUUUCUUCUGAAGAGGGAUUGAAAGCCUUGCAUCCCAUUGACUUAGAGAAACUUCAUUUUGUGGGUGACUCUCUGAGAAUGCUGCGCCAGGAGGUUGGGGGGAAAGCAGCAGUCCUAGGUUUCGUGGGUGCUCCGUGGACAAUUGCUACAUAUAUAGUGGAGGGGGGUACUACUCGCACGUACACAGCCAUAAAAAGCAUGUGCCAUACAGCACCACAUGUAUUGAAGGCUCUUCUAUCUCAUCUAACACAGGCAAUAUCUGACUAUAUCAUUUUUCAAGUAGAUUCUGGGGCGCAGUGUGUACAAAUCUUUGAUUCAUGGGGUGGACAGCUACCACCUAAUAUGUGGGAGCUUUGGUCAAGACCUUAUAUUGAACAGAUUGUGGAUGCAGUGAGGAAGAAGUGCCCUGAAACACCACUAGUCCUCUACAUCAAUGGCAAUGGUGGUCUUCUUGAGCACAUGCAAGGAACUGGGGUUGAUGUCAUCGGUCUUGACUGGACGGUGGAUAUGGCAGAUGGGAGGAAACGACUGGGUACUGGAAUUUCUAUACAGGGAAAUGUUGACCCAGCCUACCUGUUUUCUCCACAUUCUGUCUUGACAGAUGAAAUCCUCAGAGUUGUGAGAUGCGCCGGCCCGAGGGGACACAUCCUCAAUCUUGGGCAUGGUGUGCUUGUUGGGACUCCUGAAGAAUCUGUUGCCCAUUUCUUUGAUGUUGCAAGAAGCUUGAAGUAUGAAACUUCUGGUGAAGAGUGUAUGGAGGAGAAACCCACAUUGAUAGUUUGAAGAUGGAUUACGGGGAGAUCAUAACUUUCAAAGAUAUUUUUCUUUCCCUUGGCAAUGGGUUUCAGUUCAAAAUUUUUUUUUCCCUGCAUAGUUUACACUGCUAGCCUGAUCUCAAAUAACAGUUUUUUUUUUGGGUAAAUCUCAUCUAGACUUUUUUUUUUUUGGUAAAGUAAAUCUCAAAUAGACGAGUUGGUCAUCAAUGGUUCUGCUUUUGCUUCUCAACAUAGGUGUCGGAUGUGUCAUCAAUUAAGUUGCCACACGUUAGGAGAGAUAUCAAAUUGUCUCUGAGCAUGUUGAAGUCAGAGGUGCAGCCAUUUUUUCUUUUUUUUUUUAGCAAAAUGUUUCAUUGUUUUCUGACCCUGUCCUUGACCUGCUGCUGCUUUUUUUUGGGGUAAUAAGUACUAUUGAAGAAGAGGGAUCUUUCAAGAUCAAAAGCAUUCAUUUUGUGUUAGUUACUA